ACAUCACAACAACAAUCAGUUUCACAGCUGAUCGCGAGCGAGUAACACGUCGAGUGAAUGAAAUCACUGCGUGUAUUUACGAGUAUAAUUGCUAUUUUGAUUGUUUCGGAGUGAAGUUUUAAGAUCGCAAAUAAUGGUGAACGCAAAUACGGAAAUAAGAAAGUUGACGAUUGGAGAGUUAAAUUCGCUGGCUAGAUCACUCAGUCCUGAGGCUUGGAAAAUUCUUAUGGCCAGUAUUAAAGUACCGGGUUCGAAGGACAUUCCCCGUUUCUCCAGUGAAGAUGUCAGAUUAAUUGAAGAGGCUGGGAAAAACCAGCACCGACCAGCAGCGGAAGUGUUUCUAGCGGAAUGGUGUACGAUGGGGAAAACCAGACCCACUGUGGGCUCAAUGAUUCAACUAUUGGUUGAAGUGAAUUUAUUAAGAGCAGCUGAUUAUUUAGCUGUUGACAUUCUAAAAGAAAAUCCUCCAGAACGUCCGAGAGAGGGUCCAGCAGCUGCGGUGGACCUUUCAAAAUUACUCGAGGAAUGCGAUUCUCCGCUAGACGAGAGUGAAUCGGAAUUCUGUAACCGAUCAACAGCAGAGGCUGAUUUUAACGGAAGAAAUUAUCUGCAUCACAUUUCCUCGACCCCUGAUGAUGUGGGGGUAAUCGAGAUGAAUUUUGUGGAGGGCCAAAUAAAAAAUGUGGAGAACAGUCCCGAGAAACAUCUCCAGGAGAAUUCGGAUCUGAUAAAAUUCUCGAAGGGUGUCGAUGCGGGGAUGAAAAGUGAUUUGAUAAAAUUCAGUUCUGACAUAAUUGAGGAUACAGAAUUGAGAGGGAGUGGAGAACUCAUUGAAGCAUCGAAUCUCCUCCCUAGCUUUUCCCUCCUGGGGAUCAAGUCCACUCAAAAUAAGGACAGCAGUAGUAGCAGUUUUUAUACCGAAACGAGUUCGUCAAAUGAUUCUUCUGGUGAUAUCAUUUCGAGGACAGAAUCGCAGACAGAUUCGUUGCAAUCAAGUGAUUUCAAUCUGCCUGCAAUGUCUCAAAUUCUUCCAGAUGACUUGAAACCAGAGAGUGUGGGAAUAAAAGUGGAGAAUCAAGAAAUUGAUCCCUCAGUGAUUUCGGAAAAUGUGGAGGACUUGCCAGUGACUGUUUUAGAAUUUUUUAAUCGAUGAUCGCAAGUCUUUUAUAAAUUAUUUCUUCUAAACAAGAAGUUUUACUCAAUUU